UAUCGGAUUGGACUGGACUAGAUUUGGUAACGAAUUUUAAGGAUUUCUUACACAGCCCUAGUCAGAGAUAAAAAAAAUUAAACACAUCAAUGAUCAAUACAUCAGGAAUUGUGUAGCCACCUUUGUGGGUCGAAACAUUUUCCUAAAUUCUCCACCCUAAUUAGCUGAUGGCAUGACACGUGGUGCCAAUGGGGCACAAUUAAUUUUCCCGCCAAGAUCGCUCGAUCCAAACGGGGUGUAACUGUUUCUCUCGGUGGCUCAGCUCGCCCUGCGACCGACUCCACCGCUUCUCCACCAGUUCCCACCAGUCAAGCUCUUUCUCUCUCUCCCUUCAUUUUCCGUCAUUAUAUCCUAAUUUUUCUUGCUAACCAAGCAACAAAUCUCAAUCACAGAUCUGUCCGUAUUGUGUUGAAGUCGAAGCUGAAACUAUGUCGGUGCUAUCAGCCAACGGCAAGGUCGACCUGUUAUCAAAUGGCUUCGAUCCAACGACCGUCCCUGCGGAACCCUUGCCUCCGGUCGUGGCUUCGGAAGGUGAGAUCGGCAAUGGAGGCAAAGUCGGAGGAGAGAAGAAGAGAGAGAUUGUGCUGGGGAGGAACGUGCACACCUCAUGCCUCGCCGUCACGGAGCCCGAAGUGGACGAUGAGUCCACCGGCGAUAAGGAGGCUUUCAUGGCAGGUGUCUUGGCUAGGUAUCGGAAGACUCUCGUUGAGAGGACCAAGCACCAUUUAGGUUAUCCAUAUAAUCUGGACUUCGAUUAUGGUGCUCUUUCACAAUUGCAACAUUUCUCCAUAAACAACCUCGGUGAUCCAUUUAUUGAAAGCAACUAUGGUGUUCAUUCAAGACAAUUUGAAGUGGGUGUUUUGGAUUGGUUUGCCCAUCUAUGGGAAAUAGAGAACAACAAAUACUGGGGAUACAUUACGAAUUGUGGCACAGAAGGCAACCUUCAUGGAAUCCUAGUUGGGAGAGAAGUAUUUCCAGAUGGAAUUUUGUAUGCUUCGCAAGAGUCGCAUUACUCUAUCUUCAAAGCUGCACGAAUGUACAGGAUGGACUGUGUCAAGAUUGGCACUUUAAUGACUGGGGAGAUUGAUUGCGCAGAUUUCAAAGCCAAGCUACUUCCUAACAAGGACAAACCAGCCAUCAUCAACGUGAACAUAGGAACUACUGUCAAAGGAGCCGUUGAUGAUCUUGAUCUUGUUAUACAGACCCUUGAAGAAUGCGGAUUGUCAUAUAAUCGGUUUUACAUCCACUGUGAUGGAGCUUUGUUUGGGCUCAUGAUGCCAUUUGUCAAACGUGCACCCAAAGUAACCUUUAAGAAGCCCAUUGGAAGUGUGAGUGUUUCUGGUCACAAGUUUGUUGGAUGUCCGAUGCCAUGCGGUGUUCAGAUAACAAGAAUUGAACACAUUAAUGCCCUUUCCAGGAAUGUUGAGUACCUUGCUUCAAGAGAUGCCACGAUAAUGGGAAGCCGGAAUGGCCAUGCUCCAAUCUUCCUGUGGUACACCCUGAACAGAAAAGGUUACAACGGGUUUCAGAAAGAGGUCCAGAAGUGCCUUAGAAAUGCUCAUUAUUUGAAAGAUCGUCUUAGGGAAGCAGGCAUUAGCGCUAUGCUCAAUGAGCUGAGCAGCACAGUUGUGUUUGAGCGACCUCUAGAUGAAGAGUUUGUUCGGCGGUGGCAACUUGCUUGCGAGAGAAAUAUGGCACAUGUUAUUGUGAUGCCCAAUGUCACCAUUGAGACACUAGAUUAUUUCUUAAAUGACUUAAUUGAAAAACGCUCAAUCUGGUAUGAAGAUGAGAAAGUUCGACCUCCUUGUCUUGCUGCAGAUAUAGGGAGUGAGAAUUGUGUUUGCCCUCUUCACAAGUGAUUUGUCAGUCCAUCAAAGUAAUUUUGAUUCUGCUGUCAUUUGUAGCAAAACAUUAAUCUUAGUUCAAGAGCAAUCUUUUUCAGUUUAUAUGUAUUUUUCACCGCCUGAUGAAUCUAGGCUUGUAUGCAGUUUA